AUGGACAAAGAAAAUGGAUCAGAUAAUAUGGCUGAUAGCAUGGCGUGUGAGCAAAGUAAUAACAGUGCACUUCAAGGUUGUCCACUGGACGUAUUUACACCUGAUGUGUUGAUAAAUAGACUGAAGGCAAUGGAUGAUUGUACUGAUGAGAUUACACGAAUUAUUAAUGCUACAUACAUCAGUCAUGCAAAGAUCAAGAAGUUGUGCAGAAUAGUAAAUUCAGUCUCUAAUUAUAGUACAAGCUCAAUAAUUGAGAUGACGAAAGAUAAGAACAGAGCUACAAGAUAUGUAUCAACAUAUCUGAUGCUUAUUAGAAUACACCGGCUGAUUGUGGAAGGCAAGUGUUUUGGGAUUGUUGAGGAAAUGUACGACGAAGUGUUUUUAGUGCGAUUCAGGGAUGUUGAUCCGAACAUAAGGACGCUGUGUGUUGAGUGGAUGUAUGAGUGGGUUUUGAGUGCACCGAGUGUUUUUGCAUCUGCACAUUACCUGAAGUAUCUCGGAUGGGCACUCAGCGAUAAGAACGAUAUGGUGCGUAGGAGAGGAGUAAGGCUAAUAACUAAGCUUGUUGAGAAGAAUAUAGAUGUGUGCCAGCUUGUGUCAAGAUUCAAGGAUAGGAUUGUAGAGAUUGCAUUGGAUGACAAGAAUCCUGGAUUGAAGAACGAUGGAAGGAUGUUAUGCAUGAUUCUUUAUGUGCAUGGAAUGCUUUUGAAGACAGAUAUGCUUCGGAUUUUGGCAGUUGUUGAUGAAUGCAAUGAAGGUGAAGUAUUGAAGAAGGUGAUAACAAAGAUAAUGAAUGAGGAGACAUCUGAGAUAAUAAAAGAGUGUCAACUCUCUAAUUACAAAGGAGUGCAUGAACUCUUAUGCAAUGCAUCGAUAUUUGUAUGUUCAUGCAUUGCACACACGCCGGAGGAUGUGGAUAUUUUUAGCAGCUUUGUACUGGACUUUCUACGACGAAGAAGCGUGUGCUGUGAAUCACGUGUAUUGUGCUACUUGAAGAUGUUAAAAGUGCUUUCUAAUGAAGUUACUGAUGUUGAGAAGCAUUGUGAGAUGCUUGAUGUUACAAAAGAUAACGAAGAAAAUUUGAUUGAGGUAAUUGAGUCUCUUACAUUGAUGGAUACUGGGGUAUUUAGCAAAAGACCUGAUGUGACUGAUAAGAUUUUAGUAAAAGCAAGGGAGCUAUGUGUUAGAUAUGCAAGUGAAAGAAUUAUAUGUGCAUUUGUUGAUUUGCUUAAGAAGCUUGAAUCUGUUUUUUAUUCACUGGUGUGGCAAUCUGUUGAGCUAUUAAGACAAGAAGGAACGAUGUUUAUGCGUUGCCUGAUUAGGUCAUUUGAUGUUUCUACAUACAUUGAUAAUGAAUAUAGUACAGAGAUUAAGUGCUAUGCAGCAUUAUGGAACAUUAUGUCAGAGGAUGGAAUAAAGAUAGAGCAAUACGAACUGAGAGAUGUAUCAAACUCUGAUGUAUUAUGUGAUUUUUUGAUUUUUUUUAAGCAAAGAUGUGCUGAGCUUGGAGUGCUUGGGAUGGAAGCAGAAUGCAUUGGUAAGGGGAGAUGGCUCAAGAGUAUUUAUAGCAAGUUGUCUAUUCUGCUCAACACAGAAUCAAAGAAUAUAUUUGUUGAUAAACAGUCUUGUAUUUCAUUAUUCAAGCUGAUUGAGGAAGAGCUUUUGAUUGAUCAUUGUGACAUUUUUUUCGAAGUGUGCGAUGCAGAGCUAGUGAGUGAGUUUCUGAAUAGGUCGAAGUCAAGGGGAAACCUUGUUUCUGGAUACUUCAAGUAUCUUGCACGAGUUGAAGAAGGGAAUCAAAUAAGUAGUGUUGGAAAGAUGGUUGCAUCGAAAUGCGCAGCACUGAAGAAAGGAGCUGAUAGAGACAAAGUGAUAUUCAGAGGAAUGAGGAUACUUGUUGAUAUGAAGAGGGAAUUUCUGUAUGAUACGAUUCUUGUGUAUUUUGUUCCAUACCUUAGCAGCAACGAAUGUAUUGUGAUUGAGCAAUGCAUAGGAAAGUCGCGUCUCAAGAUGUCCCUGCUCAAGAGGAGUAAGAGUCGAUGA